AUGCUUGGACGCCGUGUUUUUUGCAGCACGGCCAUCCCGCGCUUCAUGUACACGCGGCUGCACAUCAGCUCGCCGAUGCAGGCGGCUCGCAUGCUACCCGUGCUGGUGCCGCUGACGCCGUCACUGUCGAAUUCUAUCGGUGGUAUGAUGAACGCUGUCGCGCAGGGCUCGUUAGAGUCGAUGCCAACGCUAGAGGUGGGAGAGCAGGACCCUGCGUCUCUCAAGGCCCUUCUGGAGAGUAUUUCUCCGCUGCAGCUGGGGGUUUCACGAUUGUUCGAAUUAUGGGGCAUUUUCCGUGUAAACGUGACGGUGAACACGAUAUUGGGAAGGUCAGCUGCGAUGCGUCACUGCUGCUGCUGCUGA